AUGGUCGAGUGGUGCGCAAUUGUUUUCGACAAAGCUGACAGAUCAAAGGCAAGACCUGCACAUUUGGCAGGUAUUCCACCUUUAGUGGAACAAGGUAAACUGGUAUGUGCUGGUGCUAUUUACAACGAGCCAAAGGAAAAAGGCGGAGAGCGCACUUUCGCUGGAUCUCACUUGCAAAUCGUUGCAGACACCAAGAAGGAAGCUUUGGAUAUUAUAAAAUCUGAUACUUUUGCGAAAGAGGGUAUCUGGGACCUUGACAACAUCAUUCUCUACCAAUUCGGUUGCGCAGUUCGCAUUCCCAAAAGCUGA